AUGAAGCCGGCAGCCCGGAAAGGACGACCCAGGAAAAACUACAUGAAGAAGACAGCGGGCGCGGAGAUCGAAUCGAAUCUCGUGAACGAUAAACCCGUACCUAAGGUUGUGGCGAAGUGCACAGAUAGUAACUAUGAGCGUCAACUUCAAAACUGGGAUGACUUUGUCGAACUCAGGCUUGAAAACAAUCGGACGCUCCAUAUCAAGGGUGAAUUGAGUCUUGAGGAAUCGGAAAUUCCACCAAGCGUGAAGAAACUAGGUGACCUUAAGGAGUUCAUCUACCGCUUAGGACUGGCAAUGAGAGAAGGCAUGGCGCCUGAAGACACUCUUCCCUACACUGGAAUACGCUCCUACUGGAAGGAUUUCACCGGGGGAUACCGAAGAUCGCGGGGGCCCAUUCCGGAAAACCAUAUAACAUCAGUCACAAAUGCGUUGCACCCAGACGGAGAGAUAGGUGAAGCUCUGAAUCUGGUGCCGGACUCCGGGAAACGGAAACACGCCAGCGAGACGGUGUUCACCUGGACUGGCGAGUUUCUUUGGACUCUGGACUGGAAAAUCUACGCUCGCCCACGCCCGCUUUACCUCAACCCUUUUCUCUUCUAUUUACCCAUUUUCUGCGCAACUGGGGCCUUACGGGACUAUAAAGGAGAAGACGGCUUGAUGAAGCUUUUAGACCGCAAGCUAGGACCCAAAGAAGAGAGACGGUCUAUCCCGUGGGACCUGAGCGUAGUGGAUAAACCGAUCUUUACCGGUGCGGGAGGGAGGAUAUGGACGGCUCAUGACUACAGCAAAGCCCUGCGAGAAACGGGAAUCAGAUCUGGGUUUCCAAACCCCCCAAGCCAGCAUGAUUACCGGAGAGAAGGUCUCACGAAUAUCGAUGAAAUUCCGAACUACUCAGAUUCCCAGAGACAGGUGUUCGCUGGCCAAGAGAACAACGCGAUUCACCAGAAGCACUAUGCGGGCACGAACCCGGGUAUUGACGGCCAAGCCGCGUUCUUACGGAAACAGGUCCGUUUGGAGAAUAUCGCCAGACACUUUCGUGAGCUUGACGUAGAAUGGCAACCGGCCUUGUGGCAAAGCCUACCCCUAGCGCUGUUCGAGGAACUGACGAAGACGAGUGAAUAUAUGACUAUCAAGGCCGAGCUUCAGGACUCCCUACCGUCAAAAGGUACGAAAAGUAAGGAUGGGUUGCGUGCAAUGAGCCUGGAGGUGAAAGAGGAAAGUAUAUCGCCAGAAGAAUCUGACUGUGGCAUCCUUCACCGAGGCGUUAAGCUGAGGAGGGACUGUAAAGGCCUCGAGGAUAAAAGACUCAAGAAGUUCUGGGCCGAGACUUCCUCAGGAGCUGUCGCCGGGUCGGAGGGAUACAUCUGUCGAGGGGUCAGCCACCCGUUCUCACGACUCAGGCCAAUCCUUCCGGCGCGUCGACAAUUGGCGGAUCUUCUACCUGUAUCAACGAGACUCCGCAAUCCGGACGGGAGAGAUGCACUGCGGGCCAUACUCGCUCUCUAUGAAAGCACAUCAGAAGUCAACCGCCCGGGACUCGAUCAAUGCCCUUGUAGGAAGAAUUUGAGCCAAUUGCACGUUUACCGAUGCACGAAGAACGCACAGCCGUUCGCCGAGUUUUGCUUCUUUUGUAACCAAUGGCUGUACGACUCGGAAGACUGGGAGCGGCAUUGCCAAUCUCACUUGACCCAAGACCACCUUCCCGUGGAGAUGGCUUACGAGAAAAUCGAGAGCACAUUUUUGCCGGGCUAUUGUCCGUACUGCUUAUGGGACAAGUCGCUCCCGGCGGCCAUCCGUCUCCAUCAGUUCUGCACAAAGGACGAGUGGGAGUCUGAGGUGAAACUCCACGGAUUGCGAUGGCGAAAGGAGACAUGCCCAGACGCGCGCUGUGUCGAGAAGUUUGACCAAGAACACGCCUUCGUCUGCCACAUGCAUGACCUACACCGCAUACCUAAAGAAUUGUUGGUGGCCACCUCGGGAGUGAAACGAGAAGCCAGCGUCUUGGGAGACAUCGCGGACCGAAACCCAAAAAGGAAAAACGCAUGGGAGGACGCGGUGUUUGUUUUCGACCUUUGGUCGUUAGAGACUAACUCGCUGUACGAUAUCGGCCAGCAUACAUGUUCAGCAUCAGCCGCAGGCUGGAAGUGGAUAGAGACCAACCAAGCCGCUACAGGGGGGUUCAUUUUCGAGGCCUAA